AUGGUUUCAAACAUUUAUUUCCUUCUCAUUUUAGUUUUUCUUUCAUCUUUUCGCUUCACUUUUGAAUCAAAUAUUCUUGAGUCUAAAUAUGUGAGUGUCUUUGAACAAAAAAGUCUUGAUUUAAAGUUGAGGGAAGCUGAGAGUAAAAAAAUUCAAAUAACUAUUAGUAAAGAUGGUAAUUCUAAUUUCACAACCAUUACAGCAGCUCUUAGUAGCAUUCAACCACCAAACAAUAGGAGAGUUAUUUUGUUGAUUGGACCUGGAGUUUAUAGGGAAAAAAUUGUGAUCCCCCAAACAUUACCUUUCAUAACUUUUUUGGGGGAGACAAGGAACGAACAGACUAUUUCUUGGAAUGAUUCAAGUUCUAUCAUUGGACGUGAUGGAGAUGCAUUGGGGACGUUCAAUACUCCAACUGUUGCUGUGAAUGCUGACUAUUUUAUGGCCAUCAACAUUACAUUUGAGAACUCUGCUUCAUAUUUUGGAAAGAAAGUAGAACAAGCUGUUGCGCUUCGCAUUUCUGGUAACAAAUCUGCUUUUUACAAUUGUACAUUCCGUGGAGUUCAAGACACUCUAUAUGAUCACAAAGGCCUUCACUUUUUUAAAAAUUGCUUCAUAGAAGGCUCUAUUGAUUUCAUCUUUGGUUUUGGAAGGUCCCUAUAUGAGGAAUGCACUCUAAAUUCAAUUGCUAAGAACAUAGGAUAUAUUACUGCUCAAAAGCGAUCAAGUUCAUCAUUAGAUACUGGAUUUUCUUUUAAAAAUUGUACUGUAAAAGGUACUGGACAAGUUUAUCUAGGAAGACCAUGGGGAGAAUAUUCAAGAGUCAUUUACUCUUACACCAAUAUGAAAGAGAUUGUUCUUCCUAAAGGAUGGGAAGAUACUAUGAAUGGAACACACUAUCCCAAAACAAUAUACUAUGGUGAGUAUAAAUGUAGCGGACCUGGAUCUAAUUUUUCCGGAAGAGCUCCAUGGGCACGUAAUCUAACCGAUGAAGAGGUUCAACCAUUUCUUGAAAUUCAUUUUAUUGAAGGAGAAACUUGGCUUAUCAACCCUAAUUAA